AAUCCACCAUCAUAUCAUCGUCAUUUCAUACACUCCCAUAUCAUCAUAAUCAUAUACUCAUCAUUUCCUUUACAACUAAAAUAACACAAUGCAAUAUCAAGCAGCCACUGAAUACUACUACAACUACAUACCGGUAAGCCACCAGUACUUCCCCACGGUAGCAGUUGAUCCACUAGAGAGGGUGGCCAAACUUGCGGCCCAAAACGCGGUGAUGAUAUUUAGUUUGAGCACGUGUUGCAUGUGCUAUGCCGUCAAGAGUCUCUUUUCUGGCAUGGGUGUCAACCCGACUGUGUACGAACUCGACGAGGAUCCCCUCAGAGGAAGAGAGAUCGAGAGGGCUUUGGUUAGACUUAUGGGCAGCUCUACGGCGGUGCCGGUGGUGUUUAUCGGUGGGAGAUUGGUGGGGUCGAUGGAUAGAGUGAUGGCUUCACAUAUCAAUGGAACUUUGGUUCCACUUCUUAAGAAGGCUGGAGCCCUUUGGCUUUAAGUAAUAGUUGAUAGAUAUGUUUGAUUGUCGGUGUUAGUGUUUUACUUAAUUAUG